AAAAUCAACUGAAUUAUCUAAUGCAAGCAAUGAUGAAAGCAAAACUGAACAUGAUCCAACUAAAUGCAGGGUUUUAGAUGUUGUGCAGGAUCUUGAGGAUUCUAAAACAGAUAAUGAGGAUAUCAUUACUCCAUCUCCACUGAAGUUUGAUAAAUCCAUUGUCACUUCUUCAAAAGCAAAGCAAAAUCUCCUGAAGAAUAUUAUAAAUGAUCAAGGACAAGGCUCUCUUGGUUUGAGCUGUACUUAUUUUCCAGUCAAUUUAGGACAAAAUUCAUGUAUGCCUACUGAUUCAUUAAUCUUAGCACCAGAUACUUUAGAUAUUGCUAAAGAUGCUAAUAAGAACUUGUGUGCCAAUUCUGUGCCAAAAAUUAAUGUUCAAUCAGUUGGUCUCUCUAAUAUAUCAAAUAUUGGUAAUGAAGAAUUAUGUGGGGCUGUAGAAAUUUGCAAAGAUAUCAGAGAUAAUCAGCAAGAAUUGAAGGUUGCCAAAAAAAGGCCUUGUAAUGAUUCUUCAUUCGGUGGUCAAAGUUUUAAGAAAAAUAAUGUAAUAGUUUUGAAAGAGAAACUACAAACUGAAGUUGAGAAUAAAGAGAAAAAUACAAUUUUGAUUCCUAAAAAAACUGUAUCUGAUAAUUUUAAAACUGCUGUUAGAUGUUCUGAAAAUACAUCUUUUGUAACUUCUUUAAAGUCUGCAAAAGAAAAUGAAGGGGAAAUAAAAAAUAAUAAUUCAUUUGUGGACAAAAUGAAUAAAAGUGAGAGUUUAAUAAAUGAUAAGAAAGAUAAAAAUGUUUUGAAAAGUGAAAAAUCUGGCAAGUAUUAUAUUAAUAGAGAUGAGUUGAGUAAAGACAAAGAUAAUUUCUGUCAUAUAUCACCAUCUUUGAUUCCUGAGAGUAAAAAGGAAGUAAAAUCUGUCUUAAAUAAUGUAGCAAAUGUGUCAAAUGAUGAAGAUUUUCAGAUAUCUAUAAAUAAAAAGAAAGAACAGGAAAAUGAAAGCUCUUGGAAAGCAUGUGAUAAAAAAAAGUUACUGAAGAAAGUUUGCCCUGUUAAACCUAUAAAGACCACUUCGAAAUACAAAUUAACAUUAGAUGCACCUCCUUCGAAUUACAAAAAACCCACGUAUCGGCAAACUAAAUUAUCAAAAAGCGUUUUCCUUCCAAAGAAUUCACCAAAUAUUUCCAAUGAAGAAUUUAUUGUAUGUGAUGAAAAUGAAAAAGAAAAUUCUAGUAAUCACCAGAGUAACUCCACAUCAUUACGUGCUGAUGUUCAAACACCUAGUGUAACAGAUAAAUUCAUUAACGCUAUUGAACUUGAUGCGACUUGUAUACCAGAUAAUUAUCAGUAUGAAGUAAUAGCAUCUGGUAAAGCUAAGAAUAAAGAAACGGAGGAAAAUAAGAAAAAUUUUGAUGAAAGUGUAUUAGUCUUAAAUGUUAAUUUCUCAGAUGACAGUUCUGAUGUGAUAAUUGGAGAAAACAGAUCAAAUCAUGAACAAGUUACCACAAAUUCAACAAAUUUAAAAAGCUGUAUAAAAGAUAAAGUUGAAGCUGAAAAUUCAUCUUGUUCUGGCAAUGAAGAAAAUGUAGACCUUCUGAAUAGCUUUGACAGGUUACCUGCAGCACCUGAACCUAAUUAUAAGUACAAAGAAGCAACUAUUCGUGAAAAAGCAAAAAGAAAACGGCUGAAUGGAUUUGAUUGCAAAAUGUGUGAAAAGUAUUAUACUGAUCUUGGCCUGUCUGAUAAAGAAAAGAAGGAAAGGUUGAAAAAGUGUUCUCGUCAUCGAGGCAAAUUUGAACCGCCUUCUACUCCAGAACAUUUCUGGGAGUUAGAUUUUCCUGAUACUCAAGAAUGUAAAGCCAGAGGAUACUUAAAUGAAACUCAGAAGGUAACAUUGAAAUCUCAUAGGCGUCGGCCUUUGUGAUGUUGUCCUGAAUAAUACUUGGACUGAGGAUUUUAUUUUCCUUUUUUUGUUAUUGAUAAAUUAUAAAUAUAUGAAAGAGUUUGGAUCAUUGUAAAUGUUCAGUCAUAAAUUGUAAAUUUGUUAUUUGUAUUGCAAUUAUCUCCCAGAUUAUAUAAUAAAAGUCUAUUUUCUAA